GUACGUCCAGAAUUUGCAAAAGGGUUGAUGGAAAGUUCGAAGUACAGGAAUACGACACUGGGGGUGGCAAUAAAGAAGCGGUACAGGAGCAACAAUCUCCACACGGUGUUCGUGCGAGUUUAGUGUACGAGCAUUUGGUGAAAUUCUAUCAGAAGUUAGGUGCAGCUUUCAUGGAUGUCAAGUUCAAGUACGAACCUCACGACAAGGAGUAUGCCCGCAUUGGUAUACUCGCUACUAUGGUUCAUAUGCGUACCGCUAUUGAUAGGUUGGAUAGAUUCAUCGAAAAAGGAGAAAGUCCGACAGAAAAAGGAGAAAUUCUGAUGAGUAGGUUGUAG